AUGAAACGGUUUUGGAAAAAGGCCGAUGUCCGCGGCGAGCCUGAGGGAUACUACAUACUGCUCGACGGACGAAAGCUGAAGACACCCGAGGGCAAGCCUGUCGUGAUCCCAAGAAACAAGCAUCUCUUGGCCUAUCUCGUUGCUGGCGAGUGGGAAAGUCAGGAAAAAAACCUCAAGAGCUAUUCCCUUCCAUUGACCUCCCUUGUGGUGAGAUCCAUCGAUUCUUUCUCCGAUCCAAGCAUUCGACAGGGUGUCAUCGAUAACCUUCUGCGAUAUUGCCACACCGACUCUGUCUGCUACUUCCAGGACUAUCCUGAUUCGUUUGUAAAGGCUCAAAACCAAUACUGGCGAACCGUUGUCCAGUGGGUUGAGACAGAGUACAAUGUCAAAGUAACCACAACCGAUGGUAUUAUGAGUGCCCGCCAAUCGCCCGACACGGUUGCCCAGCUGAGGUCGAUUAUCGAGGGCUUUGAUAAUCUGUCGUUGGCCGCGUUCGAGCGGGCUGUUUUGCAUUCCAAAUCGUUUUUCUUGGCCCUUGCUCUGCUCAGUCGCAAGAUCGAUUGUGAUUUUGCUGCUAGAGCCGCGCGUCUGGAAGUAUGGGAGCAAAUUCGACUCUGGGGUGAAGUGGAAGACAGCCAUGACCUGGACGAGCAAGAGAUGAAGCGCCAGCUUGGAGCUGCCACAUGCGCGGCGUUGCUCCAGUGA